GCAGGGGGCGGAGAGAGAGAGCGGCGAGCGGCGGAGGGGCUGCGCGGGGCGGCGCGGGGCGGUGCGGGGCGGAGGGCGCCCGAGGGCGAGCGGGCGGGCGGGCACGGCGGGUUCCGGGCCAGCCUCGGGGGCGGACGGUUGGCCGGGCUCGCGGAGCCUAGCCGAGGCCUUGCCGGAGCUGGGCCGGGCUGCAGGGGCCGUCGCCGCCCGGGCCCGCCGCCCGCGCCCCCCACGCUGGCCCAGAGGGCUGCGGCCGCGUCGCCGCUGAGGAUGUCCCGGAAGGGGCCGCGAGCGGAGGUGUGUGCGGACUGCAGCGCCCCGGACCCCGGCUGGGCCUCCAUCAGCAGGGGUGUGCUGGUGUGUGACGAGUGCUGCAGUGUGCACCGGAGCCUGGGACGCCACAUCUCCAUCGUCAAGCACCUUCGCCACAGCGCCUGGCCCCCCACUCUGCUGCAGAUGGUGCACACACUCGCCAGCAACGGGGCCAACUCCAUCUGGGAGCAUUCCCUGCUGGACCCCGCGCAGGUGCAGAGCGGCCGGCGCAAAGCCAACCCCCAAGACAAAGUCCACCCCAUCAAGUCAGAGUUCAUCAGAGCCAAGUACCAGAUGCUGGCUUUUGUGCACAAGCUGCCCUGCCGGGAUGACGACGGAGUCACUGCCAAGGACCUCAGCAAGCAACUCCACUCGAGCGUGCGGACGGGAAACCUGGAGACGUGUCUGCGCCUGCUGUCCCUGGGUGCCCAGGCCAACUUCUUCCACCCAGAGAAGGGCACCACACCGCUGCAUGUGGCUGCCAAGGCAGGGCAGACGCUGCAGGCCGAGCUUCUCGUAGUGUACGGGGCUGACCCUGGCUCCCCUGAUGUUAACGGCCGCACACCCAUUGACUAUGCCAGGCAGGCGGGGCACCAUGAGCUGGCGGAAAGGCUAGUCGAGUGCCAGUAUGAGCUCACUGACCGGUUGGCCUUCUACCUCUGUGGACGCAAGCCGGAUCACAGGAAUGGGCAUUACAUCAUCCCACAGAUGGCAGACAGAUCUCGGCAAAAGUGCAUGUCUCAGAGGUAUAUGGUGCCUGCUCGGGGACAGGCUCUGGAGGUUUGGUGGGGCAGGGAGGCAUUCGGUGUGCAGCACCUGGGGUGUCAUCUCCCUGGGAUCCCUGCAUGUUUGGGAGGUCACUGGCAGGGGCCUGGCCACCGCUCACAUCUGGCCCCUCCCCUCUUCCCCAUCCCGUCUCCCUCUUUCGUCCACAGCCUAGACCUGUCCGAGUUGGCCAAAGCUGCCAAGAAGAAGCUGCAGGCGCUCAGCAACCGGCUUUUUGAGGAACUUGCCAUGGACGUGUAUGAUGAGGUGGAUCGAAGAGAAAAUGACGCUGUGUGGCUGGCAACCCAAAACCACAGCACCCUGGUGACGGAGCGCAGUGCCGUACCCUUCCUGCCCGUUAACCCUGAAUACUCAGCCACGCGGAAUCAGGGGCGACAGAAGUUGGCCCGCUUUAAUGCCCGAGAGUUUGCCACCUUGAUCAUCGACAUUCUCAGUGAGGCCAAGCGGAGACAGCAGGGCAAGAGCCUGAGCAGCCCCACAGACAACCUCGAGCUGUCUGUGCGGAGCCAGAGUGACCUGGACGACCAGCACGACUAUGACAGCGUGGCCUCGGACGAGGACACAGACCAGGAGCCCCUGCGCAGCGCCGGUGCCACUCGGAACAACCGUGCUCGGAGCAUGGACUCCUCAGACCUGUCGGAUGGGGCCGUGACGCUGCAGGAGUACCUGGAGCUCAAGAAGGCCCUGGCUGCCUCCGAGGCAAAGGUGCAGCAGCUCAUGAAAGUCAACAGCAGCUUGAGUGAUGAGCUCCGGAGGCUGCAGCGGGAGAUCCACAAGCUGCAGGCCGAGAACUUGCAGAUCCGGCAGCCGCCAGGGCCAGUGCCCACAGCCCCACUCCCCAGCGAACGAGCGGAGCACGCGCCCAUGGGGCCUGGGGGGAGCACCCACCGCAGAGACCGCCAGGCCUUCUCCAUGUAUGAACCGGGCUCUGCCCUGAAGCCCUUUGGAGGCCCGCCUGGGGAUGAACUCACCACCCGGCUCCAGCCUUUCCACAGCACCGAGCUGGAGGAUGACGCCAUCUAUUCAGUGCACGUCCCUGCUGGCCUUUACCGGGUCCGGAAGGGGGUGUCGGCCUCAGCUGUGCCCUUCACUCCCUCCUCCCCACUGCUGUCGUGCUCCCAGGAAGGAAGCCGCCACUCGAGCAAGCUUUCCCGCCAUGGUAGCGGAGCGGACAGUGACUAUGAGAACACGCAAAGUGGGGACCCGCUGCUGGGCCUGGAAGGGAAGAGGUUUCUAGAGCUGGGCAAGGAAGAGGACUUCCACCCGGAGUUAGAAAGCCUGGAUGGAGACCUCGACCCUGGGCUUCCCAGCACAGAGGAUGUCAUCCUGAAGACGGAGCAGGUCACCAAGAACAUUCAGGAAUUACUGCGGGCUGCCCAGGAAUUCAAGCAUGACAGCUUUGUGCCGUGCUCAGAAAAGAUCCACUUGGCUGUGACUGAGAUGGCCUCUCUCUUCCCAAAGAGGCCAGCCCUGGAGCCAGUGCGCAGCUCCCUGCGGCUGCUCAACGCCAGCGCCUACCGGCUGCAGAGCGAGUGCCGGAAGACGGUGCCCCCGGAGCCCGGCGCCCCUGUGGACUUCCAGCUGCUGACUCAGCAGGUGAUCCAGUGCGCCUACGACAUCGCCAAGGCUGCCAAGCAGCUGGUCACCAUCACCACCCGAGAGAAGAAGCAGUGACCACUCUCCCUGCACCCUCACCCGCACCCUGGGACCUCACUGGCCAUGGGAGCUGGGCCACUCCAGACACUAAUCUCCACCCCAACAGAGCCGCUGGCACAAGUGCCCUUAGUGCUGCCACUCUCACCUGGCAGCCAGGUGCCCUGGUGCCCGUCCCCCUCAAGCCCCCAAGGAUGGGGAGGUGAGGUGGCAGGAGCUUCUGUCCCCUACAUUCCAUGCACCUCUCCCUGUACAUAGCAUCCCCUCCCCCUCUAGUGUGCUGGGGCCUACAAGGCGUCACUCCCAGCCCCUUGCCCUCUAGGGCACCCUCAGCAAAGGGUCGGGUGGGGACACUCCAAAUGCGGUGGUUCCCUUACAUGCACCCCACCCCCAUGAGCCAGUCCAGCCCUAUUGGGGGCUGAGCGGGGGCAUCCCCCCUUGUACAUAAUACCUGUGGAUGUCCCCACCCUGUAGCCACCAGCCCCCUGCUGCUCUCCUUCAAUGCCAAACGGCCCCAGCCUAGGGCACAGGUCCCAACCUGUGCUCCUGGGGUCCCCAGCAGCAAACAAACACUGGAAAAGUCUUUUUUCUCUCUCUCCUCUCUCCCACCCCUUAAUUUUAACGUUGUGGUAACUGAGUGUCCCUGCGUGCCUGCGUGUGAAUGUGCGGGGCGGCAGUGCCGUUCCGGAGGCCUGGCCCGACUGGAGUUUUGUGAGGGGGUGAGGGGACCAGAGCAGCGGGACCCGUGUUGGGCGUUGGCCCCUCCCCCCCAUCCUGGGGCCAGGGACUGCCGGGUAACCAGCUGGGGUCCUGCCCUCUGCCUCCCCUCAUUGUUCCCCCCACUCAUACCCUUUCACUAUGAACGUAAAAGGAAAACCACUUGGCUCCAUCUCUCUUCCCCUCCUUUGUGGAGGGGAACUGUGCUGGUUGGGGCAGAGAACUGAGCACCUGAGCCUGGGGCUGGCUCCCCGGGGUCCCUGACUCAGCUGAGAGCCCCCUCCCUGUAACCUCUGAGAGGCCAGUGCCUGCAGUAUCUGGGUCCCUGGAGCCUGGGCUGCAGCCUGGGAAGGCUGAGAGGCAGAUGGCAGCGCCCACCAGCUCCUCUCCCCGUCCCGCCUCUGUCCCCGGGGGCCAGGCUCUACCUGUGUGGUGGUGGUGGUGGGCUGAGUGUCAAGAUGUGUGUCAUGUACAUUUGUAUCAAAAAUAAAUAAGUGACCAUG